AUGUUCAAGUCUUACGCCGCCAUUGCCCUCGCUCUCGCGAGUGGUGCCGACGCCUUUUGGCGCAUGGAAUGCCCUGGUGUCCUCGAUGUUGCUCGAAUCGACCCCAUCGUCAACUUGGGCGAUGCUUCCGCCCACGCCCACACCCUCUCUGGCUCCAGUGCUCUGUCUGCCACCUCCAACUCUAGCGACCUUCUUAACGGUGACUGCACAUCUUGCCGUGUCACCCAGGACAAGUCUGGUUACUGGACUCCUCCUGCCUACUUCCAGGACGCCAAGACUGGCAAGCUUGAAAUUGUGCCCCAAAUUGGCGGCAUGCUUGCGUAA